AUGCCUCAAAUAAUCCAGGCUUUUUCCACAGUGUUACGCGUUGUCCAAAACGUGUAUCUUCUUCCAGAAGCCCCAUCCAAUCCCUACUCUGAAGUAAACUCACUCGGGAGUGGUGAUGAUGGAGAACCAGUCCAUGCCAUCGGGAUCCGCAAUCUUGGAGACCACAAAGAACCUCGGCACAAUAAACAGAUUCCCAGCCUUGAUAGUCGUCUCAAGUACCCGCUUACCGUCCACGCCCACAACCUGUACCCGUCCACUCCCCCUCACAAUGUAAGUCACCUGAAGAGCCGAGUCACACGAGAAGCCCGGAGAGCACAUGGCCCUACCAUUCAACCUAACGAGGUCUGCCCCAAGCCCGACUUCCCCAACCAGCGGCAAAUUCUUGGUGUUCAACACCACCACCUUGCCCCCACCCUUGAUGUCGACAUCGAGAGGAGCCUCCUCGCAGUUAAGGGCCAUGCCUUUGUAGUGAUCCUUCUUGGGCUCGGGGAAUUUGGAAUUCGGGCUGAGCUUUACGAUGCCGUGGCCCGGUUGGCUGGAGACGAGGGCUUUGGCAGUGGGCUCGUCGACAUCCCAGGCCCGGCUGACGAAUUCGAGGCCUUUGGGGCCGGUGAGGAAGAAGUCGGUGAAGGAGCCGCGGUUAUGGGCCUUGGAGGUGUCUCCGAGGAAGAGGAUGACGAGUUCUGGGUCGGAAUUGUUGAGGUACCAGGUGACCACACCGAAUGGGAGGGCUAUGGCGUCUCCCUUUUUGAUGGGGAGAACUUUUUCUUCCUUUUCAGGGAGGAUAAUUCCGGCCAUCCCGCUGCCUGGAAAAAAAAAUAUGGUUGGGGUAAUAUGUCGAGCAGGAAGAAUGCAAUUGGUUUUAAAUGGAUCAAAUUAAUUAAUCUCGUUUUAAGUGGCAUGCAUGAAAACAUAAGCAACCUUAGCAGAAUCGGAGUAUCGAGGGGGAGCAAAGCCGUUCUUCUCAAGGGCGAGCUUAGCAGCGCCGAUGUUGCCUUCACGGAGCAUCGACAGCUCGUCGGGGCUCCAGGCGUAGUACGCGCCGCCAUCUCCGCCGUAGAUCUUCUUCGCCAACUUUGGUGUCAAGUCGAGCUCCAUCGUCUCUACUUUAUCUCUCUAAAGCAAACAGAAACUAAAAACAAUCCAAUAAAAAACGCAAACGAUUGA